AUGGCAACUCAUCGAGGUUUGUUCCUAUUUCUAUCAUGCAUCACUGUUAUCUCCAAGAGGCAUGCUGGUAUCGUCGGGGAUUGCGGUUCCACUGGGACUCGUAUUUUCGCUUACCAAGUUGACGUAGAUGAUGGUGGUCAUGUACUAAAUGAGCUCUCAGUAAGGAAGGUGGCUACACUCUCCCCUGGGGUGUCGACACAAUGGAGGUCGGGUACGCUGGAAGACCUCAUGGCAACUGAUGUUGUCGAUGCUAUUGAACCGAUAAUCAGGGAGGUGGAGGAGGGAGAGGACGACUCUGUUUGGCAUGGGCUGACUCUCCUCGGUACUGGUGGUAUCAGGCGGAUGAAUGCCACCAGCAGGGAAGAUCUAUGGACUCGUCUCAAGCGUGAACUGAUUACGAGGUUGCCGGAGGUUCCUAUACAAGUUGGGGAUAUCCCUGGUGAGCUCGAAGCCUUAUAUGCACUAACGAGUGUGAGUUACCUCUACAAUGGAGAUGUCGGUGUCCUCGAUUUGGGCGGUAGAAGUCUAGAGGUCUCCAACCCACCCAUGCCCCCACUCGGUGGUGAGCUCAUCGUCUCGAACACAGGAACUCAAUAG